CGACGGGAUAUUAUUUAUCAUUCUCGUUAUUAUUUAAUUUUUCCUUCUCGCAGUUUCGUGACCCGUGUCAUCUCAACGGCCGCCUGCCCGCUCUCAUUCGCCCUUCUUCCCAUCCAAUCCCUCUUCUCUUCCCCUACCGAGUUUAAUGCAGCCUCGUAAUUUACCACCGUUGCUAUAUUCGGCCGCUUCUGUUCUCUGUCGCUCUCUUCCCUCCCCUUUCCCUUCCCUUCCCUUCUUUUCUCCUCUCUUUCCUUCUGCUUCUCCCCCUUUUCCUUACCCGUCCCGUCUACAGCCGUGUCGUCGGCUCCCGAACGUCUGUUUCCCCAACCUGCACGCAUCGCGGACCUUUGUAACCGUCGUCAUGUCCGCCAUUCGCCAGCUCUAGAGACCGAUUACGUCCCCGCUGCGACCCGCCCGUACCUCUUGGCCGGGGUUCGCCGCCAGAUCGCGCGCCCACAACCCGCUACCGCCGCGACCACGAACCCGGCUGCGCGAAUCGCAACCGCCACCUCGACCUCCGCCUCCGCCCCGCUCCGCACACGCACCGCCCCCCCUCGACGGACAUGUUUCGCUGGGUUGAAUCAUGUGGCGGCGUAUCUACAUGCUCCUGCUUCUAGUCCGGCUAUGGUUCGCCCUCUCGCCGAGCUAUCUCCACCCCGACGAGAACUUCCAGGGCCCCGAGGUCAUCGCUGGUCAGAUCUUCGACUACCCCGUGCGGCUGACCUGGGAAUUCACGAGCGAACACCCCAUACGCAGCGUCUUCCCCCUCUGGCCCGUCUACGGGCUACCUAUGCUCCUCCUGCGAUGGCUGUGGAUCGGAAACGGUAACGAUGGCGAGAUACCGCCCAUCGCCGUCUUCUGGACGCUGCGCGUUCUCAUGUUCGUCGUCAGCUUCGUGCUGGAGGACGGGGCGAUCCAAGAGCUGGUCGAGUCGCGCCACCGCGCCGCCGCCGCCUUGCUGGUAGCCUCCUCGUACGUGACUUGGACCUUCCAGACCCAUACCUUCUCCAACUCGAUCGAGACCCUCGUGGUGUUGUGGAGCCUAGUGCACAUCGACCGCAUCCUCAAAGCUCCGGCAUCUAGGUCUUCCCUAUCGGCGUCGGCGGCCGUCGGCAUCCUAGCCGUCUUCGGCGUUUUUAAUAGAAUCACUUUCCCUGCGUUUUUACUAAUUCCUGGACUUCAAUUGAUACCCCAUUUUCUAAAAAAACCUUUGUCAUUCGUUGCCAUGGCAGCGUCGGGGCUUCUCGCCCUCUUAAUAGCCAUCUCCCUCGAUACGUCUUUCUACACGCCGCACUCGAUUACUUGGUCGGAUCUCUUCCUUCAUCCGGUGGUUACGCCGCUGAAUAAUCUCAAAUACAACAUCUCGCCCGCGAACCUGGCACAGCACGGGCUGCACCCCCGGUACCAACAUGUUCUGGUCAACCUCCCUCUGCUCAUAGGACCCGCCGUCGCCCUGCUGUUCGCGAAGCCGCACCGAUCCCGCCGCCUCUAUUCGGCCAUGUCAGGAACAUUCGUCCUAUCCAUCUUUCAGCAUCAAGAAGCGCGCUUCUUGCUUCCAGUCGUCCCUCUCCUCCUCUCGUCCGUGCGGCUCCCGAAGAACCCCACCUAUCGGAAUGUAUGGGUUGGCGCCUGGGUAUGCUUCAACGCGACCCUCGGUUUGCUCAUGGGGGUGUAUCAUCAGGGCGGCAUCGUCCCCGCCCAGGUAUUCAUGAGCAACCAGCCGGACGCGACGCAAGCUAUCUGGUGGAAGACCUACAUGCCGCCGAUCUGGCUCCUCGACGGCAAGAACGAGGUCCUACGCACCGAGGACGUGGCGUCGAUGGAAGGGGGCGCGCUCUUCGAGAAGCUGGAGGGCCUGGCGACGUGCGACACUCCGGCCGAUAGGAGGAACCGCGAGUACCUCAAGGAGUCGAACGGCACGUACCUAAUCGCGCCACUCUCGUCCACGUGGCUCGAUCCGUUCCUAGAUAACAAGGGCCUCGACGGGCUCCGGUUUCGGGAGGUGUGGCGGCACAGCAGCCACCUGAAUCUGGACGACCUGGACUGGGCCGAGGACGGGUUCUGGCCGACGCUGACGAGGGUCGUCGGCAGGCGAGGGCUGGCGGCGUGGCGGGUCACGAAGAGCUGUGGCCGGCGCGGCAAGAAGAAAUGAGCGUGAGGAGGAUGAGAGCCGUCCAAAUAUGAACGGCGAUUUCUAGCCAGCUAGCUAAGCUCUUGUACCUAUCUACAUAUCUAGGUACCUAAAAAGGAAUCUCAGUACAUGACCUACGGCUUGUAAAUAAUCUUACUUCGUCUUCGGCUUGAUGUACUUUAUCCGGGGGCAUGUACAUAAGGAGGCUAAAUACCUACGGAUUUUGCCGGUAUUGCGUGGGUAUAUCCGGCUAGCUUGCACACCUGGGCACCUGUUAGUGUAGGUACACCUAGAGAACACCUAGUUCACAACCCGU